UUUAAUAAAAUUCUUAAGAGGAAAUGUCGAAGAAUAUAUUCAGUGACAAGGUGGAUUACGUGAACAGGUUCCUGACGAACCAGAGCCGGUACCUCCAGUUCCCAAGCUGUGUGUACCAGGAUGCCAAGCUGCAUGCUUCUGAGAGAGACCAUAUCGUUGUUAUCUCCGAAAUGAAGAUGCCCAAGAGCGAAAAGGAGGGCAAGUUAGACAUGAAGUAUUCCUAUUGCGAGUCUUUCUUAACGCCUGAGAAUACUAAUGAGCUGUUAAGAGAGCAGAUUGAAGCGGCAGAGAGGGAGGUGAAGGAGAGAAAGGUUAAAGAUAGUUCAGAUUUUCAAGUAAGAAAAAUAGGAGCAAACUCACUGAGAGAAGGCAUGCAGAGUUCCCAUAGCAAGUACAAGACUCUCGGUAAUCUUUCAGAGGAGACUAAAGACCAACAUCAUAAUGCUAGAGGAGCUGAGGAAGAUACCUAUGAAGGAGGGAGCGACGAAGAAGAAAAAGAGAUAGACACAUCGAAGAUGUCCCUGCAGGAGGUGGCCAGAAUGAUGGCCAGGCAGAAGAGAAAGGAAGAAGGGAUUAAAAGUGAAGAGUCUUCAGAAGAAGAAGAUAUGGAAGCUGAGGUUAUCAGUGGUGGUAAAGCUCAGUUACUUUCAGACGAUGGGCUUGGACCUCCCAUGAAUAAGCAUGAGUCAGAAAAUGUCUCUGACGUAGAAGAAUCUAAAGGAACCAAAGAAGAGGUGAAGGCUCAGCCUGAAGACACACAGAAAGUCGAAGCCAAAGAGCCGCUUCAAGAAGAAUCUACUGAUAAGAGCAAGAAUCAACCUGAAGAAGAUCAGCUUCAGGAACAACCCAAGGAAGAAGAGAAAAAUGAAGAAAAUAGUCAAUCCGAGGAAGCCAAGAAGGAAACGGAGGAAGACAAGAAAGAUGAAGAAGAGCAUAAAGAGGAGCCCAAAGAUCCAAGUGAAGAUCUAAGAGAGAGGUUUGAGAAACUUCCUAAAGAUCUUCAGCAGGAAGUUGUCAAUGCAGCUUUUGACAAAGGGUUCAAUGAGCAUCCGAAUAGUUCAAAGUUUUUGUACCAUGGGUAUACCCCGACUGCUUGCGGCCCGAAUCCAGCUAUGAACGGCUACGAAGCCGGAAAAAUCGGGAAUGAAAGGUUUGCAAGAUCAGGAUAUUCCAUUCCUGAUAAUGAGAAGAUCGUUUAUGAAACCCGUCAGAAUGGUUACUAUGAUUAUGUGAGCUAUAACAAUGAGCUCAAGUAUAACGAAGUCAGUUAUGAACCUCCAAUUCUGAGAGAAAAGUACCAGAUCAGCCUGUGGCGCUGCGAUCAGUUUACCUGAGUCAAGACUAAAGACAGAUAUUUCACCCCGAAAAGUAGUAAAAUUAAUAGAAAGGGAAAGCAUGGGUUCCAAGGGUUUGAGAUCCAAUUCUCAAUGGAUGGUGAGCACAUUGUUCUGGUAGAAAAGAAAGCUAAGAACAUGGAAAAGCAACUCAUUGUGAUACUUGAUGCUUACACUCUUGAAGUUGUCGAUGAACACAUGGUCUAUUACUCAUUAGACUCGAGAGAGAGGCCUGAUGUUCAAGCUGAAGAUGAGGAAGAGUAUGAAGAUGAUAUGAGCGAAUACCCAACCCUUAAGGAAACCCCAACCGUCUUUGUAUGGGGUAAAGGGAGGUAUAUAAUGCACGGCCAGACAAUAGAUGGAGCUGUGAGUAUCUUACAGUACGAAAUCAUUGAUACUCAGGAAGAUAAAAGGUUCCUUAUUUGUAGGAAUACUCUUGGAUCUUCUUCAGAUAGAUUUAAAGAUUGCCAAAUUGUUGACAUAAAAGUUAGCCCGAAGAACAAUGAAGUCCUUUAUAUGGGAGGAUAUGUGGGGGCAUCAGUUUUCACCUAUGAAGUCAACAUUCGAGAUCAGAAAGCAAAACUUAUUUCUCAAAUAAACUGAGAGGAGAGAAAUCACUCAAAUUAUUCCAUCGAUCAAUCCUGCCAGAAACAUUACCACUCAAGACUGGUGGAAAAUAAGAAGGGCAAACUUGUUUGAAGGAUCUUCAGCUUUGGGAUUGAUGAGAGUCAUACAAUCAGCGAAAAUCCUCCGAAAGAGACAUUCACCGAGCACAAGGCCAGCUUUAUUGCUAAAGCAGACAAAGAGAGCUUGGUCGGGAUGGAGUACAAUAAGAGAAAUGAGUUCUGAGUGCAUGUAUCAGGCAAAGUGAGUUUUACAAAGACUAUUGAUAACAUGGAUUACUGUCCAAACAUUUCAUCUGUUUCAGACUACUGUAUCAGAGGUGACAAUUCUGUGAUGAUUAUUAGUGACUUUAAUGAGCAAUCAUUUGAAGUCUUGUAUGUCAGAGAUAAAGCUGGAAUGAACCCUCGAAGGUAUACAGUCAAAGAAACUACUUUUAUCCACUUCUAUUACCCAACAGUGGUCUUAAUGAAAGGAGGGACUGAAAUACUGAGCUACUCAGUAACAACUGGAGUUUAUCACUACAGGAAAUUAGGAGCACCUCUGAUAUUUAGAUCUUCAGAGCUUACAUCUGAGUAUGAUGUUAAAAUUACCGGCUUCAUUGAUCUGGGGGAUUACCUUGCCUUUGCUGAUUAUAGCCUUUCAACUCAUUAUAUGUCUACUUCAAGUACUAUAUCGAAGGCAUAUAUCGAGAAAGCCAAUUUCCCAGACUCACAGUUGUUAGCUGGCUUCAAUGUUUUCAAGUAUAAAUAUGGAGAGAAAGAAGAGGAUUCAUUCUGUCUUCACUUCAAAAGAUUCUUACUGUUCAGUUCAUCAGCCUCAUACGGGGUCUUUCGAGUCGUUGAGGCUAGGUACGAGCCUGGGGAAUUACAUGCUAUCAUCUAUCAAGGCUUCCUUACUUAUAAGAAGGAUUCCAAGUCCAUCGAGUUCUUCACACCUCCGCUCAAUUUUGAAGAUAAGAACUCAGGUGUGUCAAUCUACUCCUCAGACGACUUCAUAAAGCGGAUGAGACCGUGUUACAAUAAAUCGACUGGGUCCUUUAACUUUGACAUUGUCGAUGAGAUCGGCUACGUCAAAAGGUGCAAUCUCAAGGUUGAAGAGAAGAAGACAGAACUUGUACUACAAAAUGAAUAUUUUGUGUCCAAGAAUUUCAGUGGCACCAACAACUUCUUGCUGACUGAUGGAAUGGUCUAUGAGAGUGACGCAAAUGCUUACUUAUGAGUGGAAAAAGGAGAGCAUACUCAAUCACAUUUUAAAAUCACCCCUGAUAUUAAAGGCAUUGAUAAGUACGAGAUUUCUGAAGAAUAUCCUUUGGAGCAUCAAAAUUGGCUGCUGUUUUAUGGGCCUCUAGAAGAAGAAUUUUUCGAGAACAAGACUCAAAGUAGACAAGACGAGCCUAAGCCAGGAGAGUCCUCCUUAGAGGAGAGUGAAAUAUACGACGAUGAGCUAGAGUCUCGAGUUUAUGGAGCUUUAUUGAUCCCUAAGUAUAACAUACCAAGUGUGCCUAUAUGUAAUGUAGGCAACAAUGAUACUUAUAAGUGUGAAUACUUCUUUUACCAUAAUAAUAAUUUUGUGGUCUAUCACAAGUACUCCUACAACUUCUCUGGCCACAUAGCGAUCUGCAUUGUAAAGAGAAAUGGAGAAUUAUACCAACAAUUGAAACUUAAAAUCGAAGGUUGACAAGACCACAGCUAUGCCCAGCUUUAUGUAUCUCCUUCUGGGAGGUACAUUAUGUAUGCAGAGAAAGAUAAAGACAAGGAUGAGGUUGUCUGGGGCAGAAUAGUUGAACUGAGCUUUGACUCUGAUAAUUCUAAUUUCUUCCUCAGAGAUAUCUAUAAAGUCAAUCUAAGUGAUCUAUACGGUAUCAAACCUGAAAGCAUUAAUAUGUAUGAAUACGACCCAAAAUUCAUACUCUCUCUGACUGACGAUUGUACAAUAUUUUACAUUGGAAAACAAGAUGGAAUUAUUCAGAUUAAUGAUCAGAAGACUGAUAAAGAUCUAUUCAAGGGUAAAUUUGGGAAAGAUCCAUAUGAUGACACUAAGGACAAAGAUUUAAAAUCUUAUGGGGUCACCACCAAGCCUAAGAACGGAGGUAUUAUCAUAUACACUGAUGAAAAAGCUUGGUUUAUAAGGUACGACUCAAAGCAGGACAAGAUUUACCCUAUGGAAGAGAUUAAGAUCGAGAUAAACAAGAACCAAAUGACUAUUUCAUAUAUUUAUGACUGUACAGACCCUGAUCUAAUAGUCAUACAUCUGAUAUCUCAGGGAGGAAACCAGCACUUAGUGCUUGUUUGGGACAUUGUGCAUAACAAAGAGUUGCAGAACUUCUCACCUAAGAAUUACUGCUCCUACAUUACUGGGCCAAAGAGCAGGGCAGGGUACCUCUUGGUUGACAACACUUAUAUAAACCUUGACGAUGGCUUGAUUAAUUGUUACUUCGAGCAUCAAUUCAACAGCAACUUUUUCUAUGGCCAAACUGGUGGCUAUCGCAUGAACAAGAAUGAAGAAAUAAUUCUGUGCGGAGGCCACCUUAUUACGAAGGAAACCCUUGUAGAAGUAGUCUCUCUUGAGAGCUACAUCCAGGGCGAAGACAAAAUCGAUAGUGAAAAUGUUAACUUUGAGAAAAUUCGAUUCAUUGUUAAUGGAAAUACAGCCCUUCAUUACUACGCUCUUGAGUACGAUAUUUUGAAAUCAGUAGUUGACUGUAUGGAAAAGCAUCGGCCUGAGUAUCUAAACGCUAUUUUGAUGAAGAACAAGCGAGGAAAAUCUCCUCUUGACAUUACUAUCGACAGCGAGAGUCCAAAGAAUACCGAACUUUUGUUGAGGAAACUUCAGCUGUUCGAAGAUUCUUCAUUGUCAAGGCUGUUCUACCAGAGGUUCAAUGAUUUGUUAGCAAUGGACAUCACUGCGUUUCAUGAUUACUUGGACUCUUGCUAUUUCCAGACUAUCCAGAUGAAGAAUAUCAACUAUCUUGACUUGAAGCGUGUGCAUUACAAAAAGCUGAAGAGAAAGCAUGACCCUGUUAUCAUGAUUCCACAUUCAAGCAGUAUCAUGGAUGAGGUCUUCAUGGAUAAAAUCUGCGAUCCCAGGAAGAAGAAAGAAGAAGAACGCAAGAAAAAGGAAGAAGAACGCAAGAAAAAGGAGGCAGAGGACAAGAAAGAGGAAGAGAAAGAAGAAAAGAAGGAAGGACAGCAGCAUGACGGAGAAGAAAGCAGUGAACAAGCAUUGAUCUCCAAUUCUUUAAGCGAAAGAAAUAGCCACGAAGACCUAAUCCUGGAUGUCCCAGUCCCGAAGCCUAAGACCAAGGCAGAAAAGGCCAAAGAGAAAGAAAGAAAAAGAAGGAAGAGGAUCGAGAUCAAAGCUAUUGAAUUUGACUGGAUCUUUAACAAAGUCGAAGGAGUGGCAUUUUUAAGGGUUCUUUCAGAGACCAAGACGAUCGACCUUUUCUCUCUGAAUAUUGUCAGGAAUAUCAUCAGAUUCUGUUGGGGGUACUACUGGACAUAUAUCAUGAUUUAUCUGUUCAUGCCUUACUUAGCGUACCUAUCCCUGUUUGUGCUAUACUCCACUUAUUUCCACAAGAAGAAGAUUGACAAUGAAGACGGAGCCUGGGAAGGAUUCGGUAUUGCCAAUUCAUUGAGUCUGGUGUUCCUCAUCCUGUUCAUUCUGUACUUCUCGUACUAUGAAAUUAGGCAAAUGAUCUUCCAUAAAUUCGCGUACUUUAAGUCUUUCUGGAACAUGGUUGACCUGGUCUCGAUUCUUCUGAACAGUGUUGUGUGCUACGGAGAUAUUUUCGAGCUUGACAAUCAAGAUCUAAACGUGCUCAUGGGGUGGGCAGUCCUGGUCAUGUGGCUGAAGCUGUUCUACUUCGGAAGAAUCUUUGAAAGAACAGCAGCGCUGAUCAGAAUGAUAGUUGAAAUCACCUAUGGAAUGGCAAAUUUCUUGAUAAUCUUCCUCAUUGCAAUCGCUGGGUUUGGAAACUGCUUCAUGAUCAUGGCAAGGAACUAUGGGACUGAGGAGAUGUUCACAGGCCAGACCUUUUGGAGAGCCUUUAUCUACUCGUAUAGGCAAGCUAUGGGAGACUUCGAUACGGAUGCUUACGAAGAUGAUGACAAGUACUACCUGUUCUUCAUCUGGUUCUUGAAUACAAUGAUCACACUAAUCAUCAUUUUGAACUUGCUCAUUGCUAUUAUGGGAGAUGCAUUCGAUAAAGUUCAGGAUACACUUGAGAACAACACGCUUAAGGAGUUCGCAAGCACGAUGAUCGAAAACGAGUUCUUGCUCAACAGAGCCAGGCUCUUCAGCAGUGCCAAGUACAUCAUCGUAAUCCAGGAAGAGAAGGCAGACGAAAGCGGAAUCACUUGGGAAGGUAAGCUCAAGUUCUUGAAGAAGAUCAUGGACAGACAGGUCAGUGAGCAGAAGAAAGUUGUAGAGACACUUGAGAAGUCCAUUGUGGCUACUUUUAAGGAGAAAACAGAGAAGAGGACCAAGGAGCUUGAGAACAGUACUACCAAGUAUGUCUCUCAGAUUUCGGAGAAGGUUGACCAUCUUUUUACCUUGUUUGAUAAAAGUGACAAACAGGAGGAGGAAUAA